UGGCAUUAUUAAUACCUAGUCAAGCAUCACCAUGUUCGCUUUAGUACUCCUCAGCAUUGUGGCUGCGGCCUCCGCCAACGUCUACGUUAACUCCGGUUGUCCCGACGUAAAGCCCGUAGACGACUUCAACCUUGAAGCUUUCGCAACAGGCAAAUGGUACGAACUACAACGGUACCAGAAUGCUGUUGAGAAAGACGGCAACUGUGGCUGGACUGAAUACCUUCUAAGCGGUGAUGUCUUCUCCGUCAAGAAUUUCGACAUUUCCAAUGGCAAGCUUCGUGUUAUUGAAGGAUCUGCUCGUCUGGCUGAUGAUGCAGGGAAGACCGGCAAAAUGAUCUACAGCUACCCGUAUGGAGUCGACUUUGCCACCACCAAGAACACGUUGUGGGUUCUCGGCACUGACUACGAUAACUACGCCGUUGUCUACUACUGCAAAUACGACGAGGACAAGAAGAGCCGUCAAGACUUCAACUGGGUAUUCUCCCGCACCAAGAGCCUCGCGCCUGCUGCCAAAGCCGCUGUUGACAAGAUCCUGAACGCCAACACUUUCCUCGACAGCAGCAAACUGAUAUCGCCCGAUUUCUCUGACAAGGCUUGCGAGUACAAAGCUUAAGUAAUUAGACGUUGAUAAGAUGAUAUCAGAAUUUGUUAGAAGCAGGUAACCCGCCUGUUUAUAUCAAAAACCUGCCAUUAGUACUAAUAUUAUUAUUAUUAUUAUUUGUAAAAGAUGAAUCUCGUGAAAUAAACGGAGAUGGAAAAA